GGCGGGGCCUCGAGGGGCCGUGGCGCGGCGCCGCGGUGCUCGGCGGGACGCCGGCGGGGUGCGACCGCGGGCGCGAGGGGCGGGGCUCGAUGUCCGGAGCCAAGAUGGCGGCAGUGGCCGCGCUCUCCUUGAGGCGCCGGUUCCCGGCCGCCGCCCUCGGCGGGGCCCGCCUGCAGUUUCAGGCCUGCCGUGGGGUCCAGACAGCUGCAGCCGCAGCACCCCGAAUCAAGAAAUUUGCCAUCUAUCGAUGGGACCCAGACAAGACUGGAGACAAACCUCAUAUGCAAACUUAUGAGAUUGAUUUGAAUAACUGUGGUCCUAUGGUGCUGGAUGCUCUAAUCAAGAUUAAGAAUGAAAUGGAUUCCACCCUGACCUUCCGGAGAUCAUGCAGAGAAGGCAUCUGCGGCUCCUGUGCCAUGAACAUCAAUGGAGGCAACACUCUUGCGUGCACCCGCAGGAUCGACACCAACCUCAGCAAAGUUUCCAAAAUCUACCCUCUGCCACAUAUGUAUGUGAUAAAGGACCUUGUUCCUGAUUUGAGCAACUUCUAUGCUCAGUACAAGUCCAUCGAGCCUUACUUAAAGAAGAAGGAUGAGUCCCAGGGAGGCAAGGAGCAGUAUCUGCAGUCCAUAGAGGACCGUGAGAAACUGGACGGGCUGUAUGAGUGCAUCCUCUGCGCCUGCUGCAGUACCAGCUGCCCCAGCUACUGGUGGAACGGAGACAAGUACCUGGGCCCCGCCGUCCUCAUGCAGGCCUAUCGCUGGAUGAUCGACUCCAGAGACGACUUCACGGAGGAGCGCCUGGCCAAGCUGCAGGACCCCUUCUCUCUGUACCGCUGCCACACCAUCAUGAACUGCACGCAGACCUGCCCCAAGGGGCUGAAUCCUGGGAAAGCUAUUGCUGAAAUCAAGAAGAUGAUGGCAACCUAUAAAGAAAAGCAGGCUUCUGCUUGACUGCCGUGCUCAACCUGACUGUAGCCGGCUCAGAAUGCAGUUCACCCCUGAGUUCCUUCAGAGGCCGUGAUUUCCCGCAAAUACAGCAUGUACAAUAAACAGUCUAAGAAAUAAAUAAACGUUAUUCUAGUUUAUAAAAA